AUGACGAGUUUAAUGUUACUAUUUCUAACAUUAAUAUUCGUCAACAAUGUCAAAGCUAAUGUGUAUGAAGAAGAUUCUAAAGAGUUAAGGGUGAAGAGACAAGCUAAUUCUUUACCGUUAAUAUAUCCUUAUGGAGGAACAUAUAAGCUAGUUAUGGGAUUCUCUUGUCCCGUCCCGAACAAAGACAUGGUGCCCAUGAGUUUUGUGGUCAGUUUCCAAUACCAGUUUGUGCAGUUCCAAAAUAUUUCUGAACUAUCCAAAUAUUACAUUAUCAAGGAAGUUUCCAGAGAGGAAAGAGAUGCAAAUCUCGUGGGCAGGAGGGACGAGAGGCAGGCGUUCUAUACAUCUGUAGUGGAUUUGAUGGAGUCAAAAGGAUAUAACGGUGAAGAUUGUGUACUAAGAUCACUUUGUGAAGCUGCCCAGCAUCCAUUGGACGAAGAUGGUCUUGUCGGUGAACUUUUACACAUAUUAUUGACACCAGAUUAUGGACGAACGGAAUUUGUAGAAGACCCGGAAUGGAAGGAGACUAUGGCGACUUACCUGGAUGCUACCACUGCAGGGCGACAGAUGUUUAAUUGUGGCUUUAUUUACAACAAGUGUCCGGAAGGAGAGGGUAUCUUAGAGCUUAUAUCUACGCUUGAAGAUGGAUGA